AACUAUUUGCAUCAAUUAAGAUCUCAUUCCCUCCCCCCACAAAUACAUACCAAAACCCACACAAUGAGAAUAUACCCGAUUGGGUUUGUGUUGUUGGUAUUGGUUACUUGUGGCAUAUCAUGUUUAGCCAUAGAUUAUACCGUUGGAGACUCUGCUGGAUGGUCACUUAGCGUUGAUUAUAGCACUUGGGCUUCAGGCAAAAAGUUCAAUGUUAGAGAUAGCCUUGUGUUUAACUAUGGAAGUAGUCACACGGUAGCUGAAGUGAGCGCAGACGACUAUGAUAAAUGCAACGUCGCAAACUCCAUAAUGUCGUACUCCUCCAGCCCCACCACAGUCACUCUAAACAAAACAGGUACACACUACUUCGUUUGUGGUGUGGUUGGACACUGCAGUGGUGGGAUGAAGGUGGCGGUUCCGGUGACCGGAGACGGUGGUAGUGGUGGUGCCACCCCAGCUCCAUCUGGGCCAGAUGGUUCUUCCUCCGCCAAGCCUACUCCUACACCAUCAAGCGGCACGGGAAAGGUUCCGGCAUCAUCGUCAACCAUUUCUCCGGUUGUAAUCGUUUGGUUGAUUAGUUUGGUUUCUUUAGUGCUUAUGUUUGUUCUUGCUUGAGUUCCCUUGCCAGGAAAGAGGCAGUGCCAUUAAUUUCUCUCUCCGUUGUGUUCCGAUUUUUAUUUAUGUAAUUGAAUUGAUCAGUAAAUAAUGUGUUAUAUCUGAUGUGUUUUGCUAUUCAAAAGGGGUAGCGGAGCAGUUUGUUGUCUGUUUA